CGGAGGUCCCUUGGACUAUCGGAGCCCACAGUCCACAGCGAACGCUCUCCGGCUACGGGCUACCCCGUCCUCCCCACCUCGACGGCUCGUCGAGACUCUAGAGCCCUCGGCCACCUCCCUUCGCCGUUCCUCGUGCGGCUGCCCGAGCUCCAGCUUGAGGGCGAGGAACUACCCCCACGGGCUUCUUGGAUAACUUGCAAGUUUAAGACGGCCACGAUCUGGGAGUAAGAGGCGGCGGAGAUAUGGAGUAUAAAGCGAGAUCCAAUGGUGCUUCGGGAGCUUCCACCGGAAAUCUUGGUGAUCGGUACAACUAUGUGAAGUAUUCAAGCUCCUUAAACGAUGAACCAAUGCCCGAUGCUGCGUCAGAAAAGGAACAGGGUAAUGAGUAUUUCAAACAGAAAAAGUUCUCUGAAGCUAUUGAGUGCUACUCAAGAAGCAUUGGGUUGUCUCCUACAGCAGUGGCUUUUGCAAAUAGAGCUAUGGCAUAUCUUAAACUAAGAAGAUUUGAGAAGGCAGAGGACGAUUGCACUGAAGCUCUGAAUCUGGAUGAUCGCUAUAUUAAAGCAUACUCACGGCGAAUUACUGCAAGAAAAGAACUUGGGAAGCUUAAGGAAGCAAUGGAUGAUGCUGAAUUUGCCAUCAGUCUUGAUCCAAACAAUGCAGAGCUGAGGAAGCAGUAUUCUGAGAUAAAAGCAUUGCACAUGGAGAAAAUGGCGAAGAAAGCUUCAGUGCUAGCUGAUAAAAAGGACAGCACUUCUCAUCCACCGACUAUCUCCCAGAAGGACAGUUUCAUGGAAGUUGAUUCACCUAUUGGAACUGCAAUGGAGAUGAGAGAGAGUGCAGGUGGAAGGCCUAAAGGGGGAUCUGGAGUAAUCAUCAAUAACAGUGUCAUGCAGCAGUCUCGAGAUGCUAAACAAAAGCCCGGGUCAGAAGCUUCAGUUCAAGAUCUUGCAUCGCGUGCUGCUUCACGGUAUCUGGCCAGCACUGUAAAAAGCAUUAAGACACCAAAGACAGCUUAUGACUUUGAGGUUUCUUGGAGAGCUCUUUCUGAUGACACUGCCCAGCAAAUACACUUAUUAAAGUCAAUUCCACCAGCAAGCCUACCAGAGAUUUUUAAGAACUCACUUUCCGCAGCCUUUCUUAUUGAAAUUGUGAAGUGUGCAUCCUCAAUUUUCCGAUAUGAUGCAGCGUUAGCUGUUAGCAUUUUGGAGAAUUUGGCAAAAGUUCCACGCUUUGACUUGAUAAUCAUGUGCCUCUCAUCCAUGCACAAAUCUGAACUGAGAAGGAUGUGGGAUGAAGUAUUCCUUGUUGAAAAAGCAUCAGCUGAUCAGAUGGAAGUCCUCAGGCAGCUGCGAGGUAAAUAUAUUCAGGGAGGAUGGCAGGAUAGCAUGUUUGCUUCGAGUUAAUGAUGACGGUGUAAAGAAGGAUCAUUAGAAAGCCUUCGCUGGCUUGCCAAUGCCAACCAAUAUUUUCGCAUCAUUUUCCCUGCCAAAUGGUUGGAGUCAAUGGUAGAUGCAGUUUAGGAACAUAUAUUAGAAACAUGUGCUGAGAUGAAAAGGUUGUUGUGCUUGCUAUAUGUUGCCGUGUAUUCCAGGACUAUUUGAGUUAUGCAUGUCCUUACACCUUGGUGUUACC